AUGCCCUCAGUCUCCUUUGCCACGGAUACUACAGCAGGUUCCCCAAGUGGUCAGAAAAUGGAUUCUGGUGGUGAAAAAUCCGCACGUGGUCAUUUGGAUGGAAACAAUAAUAAUAAUAAUACAGAUGUUGGUUCAUUGAACACCGAUCGCCCACACGAAUCUACACAACUCCGAGUUCCCACUGCGAUGCCAUCAUUGGCUCGCGGAUUUUCUCUAGUCCCCGAACGGCUUGGAAAACGAGGCUCUUACAAGAAACAAGGAAACAAAGGUAUGUUCGGCUGUGAAGCUGCCAUGCAGUUGUUAGCCUAUUUGGCCGCUCUCUUGACUCUACCAUUCUCAUUGUUCAUGUGUCUCAAAGUGAUUGCCCAAUACGAACGAGCAGUUGUGUUUCGCCUCGGUAGACUUGUGUCAGAGAUACCCAAAGGUCCCGGUUUAGUGUUCAUUCUGCCCUGUUUGGAUAAUGUGAAAACCAUCGACUUACGUACGUUUACCUUUAAUGUGCCCACGCAAGAAGUUUUAACGAAGGAUUCCGUGACAGUCGCCGUGGAUGCCGUCGUGUAUUAUCGUAUAUUUGAUCCAGUUAUGUCUGUGGUUAAUGUGGAAGACGCUAAUCGUUCAACACGACUUCUAGCUCAAACCACUUUACGAAAUGUUCUGGGUACAGUGGACUUAUACCAAUUGUUAACUGCUCGUGAGCAAAUAGCACAUCUAAUGCAAGACUGUUUGGACACAGCCACCGAAACUUGGGGUGUCAAAGUGGAACGGGUGGAUAUCAAAGAUGUUCGUUUACCUAUUCAACUGCAACGUGCUAUGGCCGCUGAGGCCGAGGCUGCUCGAGAAGCUAAGGCUAAGGUAAUUGCGGCUGAGGGUGAACAACGAGCCUCGGUGGCCCUGAAAGCGGCCGCCUUGGAAAUUGGUGAAUGCCCAAUCGCACUACAACUGCGCUAUUUGCAAACAUUGAGCAGCAUCUCAGACGAGAAAAAUUCCACUAUCAUAUUCCCGCUUCCCAUAGAUCUUCUGAGUUUGUUCCACCAAAAUCUGAGUGGAAAUGGCGGUAGUACAUCAUCCCGAAUGGAAAGCAGUCAGAGUAAUGUAUCCCCGGCUGAGGAAACAAAACGGACCACAACCAAGGGACAACCGUCUGCUCCGUCUCAACCGCCACCACCACCACCACCGCGUGAAGGUCAACACGCACCGAUGACUGCACGUCAGUAUGUCCCACAGAAGGCGGAGUCCGCAGAGGAAGAUUUGAUAUAG